AUGAAAAACAGGAUUAGUAGCAUUAGUGGUGGAGACCUCAAAUUGGUGAUUGAGAAGGAACUUUUUGAUUCUGAUGUGGCUGAUAAUAACCAACGGUUUUCCAUACCGAUGAAACAAGUUAAAAAGGAUUUUCUUAGCGAAAAGUAUCAGACUGAGUUGAAGCUACGUAAUGGUCACAAUCAGAAGCAUCUUAUUGGUAUACCUGUUAAAGUGUUGGAUCCAUCUCUAAAGGAGUACACUUUACGCCUCAAGAAAUGGACCAUGGGAGGUAGUAUUGUGUACAAUUUGGUUUUAGGUUGGAGGGAAAUUGCCAAGGCAAACAAAUUGAAGACCGGUGAUACACUGCAGCUAUGGUCAUUCCGAGAUAACUCCAACAAGCUUGGCUUUGCACUCGUUAAAGUUAGCACCACAACCAUGGAGGUUGAUCAAAGUGGACUUGGUGCAAGUACCAGUAGCCAAAAUGGGACAAACAGUCACACUCUCUCAACUGCCAAAGUAAAUUCACUGAAGACAUCUGAUGACACAGUGUAG